GUGUUUACGGCACUUAUUUGAAUCGAUAGCAUCGUAAAGACUUCAUGAUGGCGUCUGGGUUCCCUUCACUUGAGCCUGCUUUCACAGCUCGUCUGUAUCCCGCAGAGGGUUUCCAAGUUGGCAAUGUCUCGGAUGGAGGAAGCCUGAAUAUUGUGCCGAUUGCCUCUGGCACUCUAAUCAGCGAGCCUGGAUUUAGCGUUCCGUUGGAUGCUGAUAUUGUCUAUGGAUCAGACUACGUGCGCAUGGAGCCGUCUCAAGGCCACACGCGAAUCAACGUCAACGCAAUUUUAAAAAACAAAGACGGUUCCUUUCUCACGUAUUCCUACACGGGAAUUGUUGAGGUGGAUGAAGCGUUCUUGGCUAUUUUAACCGCCAACCCAAACGCGAAAACGACUGCUUAUGGGAAUGCUUUCUCUCAUGUCACGUUUAAAACAGGGUCGGAAUCUUUGAGGAAGCUGGAUCACAGUCUGUUUAUUGGGAGCGCUCAUUUCGUUGUUGAGAACGGAGGGUUUUACAUUGAAACAAAGGUUAGCCGUGUUAUCGGCUGAAUACCAGCAGUCCUACUUUACUAGAAAUACAUACUUCUCCC